AUGUCUAAACGAGAGACAUUUUUAGAAGCUGUCUGUAAGGAAAAUGUGGAGAAGUUUCUUGGCUUUAUUCAGCUUCAUAAGAAAAAAACCGAGCCUUUUGAUGUGGAGGAGGUGGUGCAGGAGAUGUCCAGAGAGCAGAGGGAGUCUCUCUGGAGGAGGCUGUUGUCCCUCCUUCAGGUAGUCCUGCAGGAGUUGCCUCCUGAGCGCUGGGAGGAGGAGGUGCAGCCAGAAUCAGCUGCAGACCCCAAACGUGUCAUGGCUGUAGUGGACGGUGUGGCAUUCGUGGCCACUGUCUCUCUGAAAGUUUUACAAGAUGGUGACACCUACAGUCCACUUCUGGAAAUUGCCCAUCUGCUUCACAACGUUCUGGAGUCACUUGUUGUGUCGGAGGCUCCUCUGCAGCUCCACAUACAGGUUCUGUUUGAGGCCUGGUGGAAGAAGGGGCUGCAGGAGAAGGAAAAGUUUGGUCACGCUGCUUUCCUCAUCUCCCUGCAGAAGAGCUUCAUUUUAAAGAAACCAGGUACUCAGAUUCAGAGAGUGUGGAGUCUCCAUGAUGUGCUUCUGAGCCUGGACUACACAUCGGAAGACAAGCAGAUAAAGGACUUGUUGCUUCAGUGUUUCCACCAUCCCACUUUCAUUAGAAACGAUGACGGGAAGCGAUUCCUGGUGUUCCUUUUCAGCUGGAAUGUUGAUUUCAUCAGGCUUAUUCAUGGCACCAUCAAAAACCAGCUGGAGUUUUACAACAAGGUCGUAGCUACUCAUAUAACUGAGAUCUACUUUAGAGCGUGGAAGAAAGCUACAGGAGAGUUCCUGGAGAAGAUUGAGAGCGUCUGCAUUCAGGAUUUUAUGCAGAAUGCAAUUUAUCUCCACAGCGCGUCGCCGGUUUACGCCAAAGUUCGAGAAAUUGUGAGGCAUUUUCACUCAAGGAAGAGCAGUCCCAGCGUGGACAAGAUGCUUUAUAAUCUCUACAAGCCGAUACUCUGGAAAGCUCUCAGCGUUCCUAACUUUGAGGUGCGUGCGCAUGCCACUUUGCUGUUCACUGAGGCCUUCCCUGUCCACGACCCGAGUCAAAACAAUGAGAAUAUAGACAUGAAUAUUCAAAAGCAGCUGGACAUGGCAAUGGCCCUCCUUAAUGACCCUCACCCCGCCGUGCGCUCCAAUGCCAUCCUGGGGGUCUGUAAGAUCCUGGCUAAGUGCUGGGAGCUCCUUCCUCCAACAGUCAUCACAGAUUUCCUGAAAAAGCUGGUGAUGGAUCUCGCCACUGACUGCAGCUCUCCUGACGUCCGCUGCUCAGUCUUCAAGUGUUUGCCUCUUGUCCUGGACAAUCCUUUCAGCCACCCACUGCUGGAGAAGCUCCUGCCCACUCUGAAGUACAGCCUCCACGACAAAUCAGAGAAAGUCCGGACUGCUUUCCUUGACUUGCUGAUCCAUGUGAAAGCUGUUCGUGCUGCCAGGUUCUGGGAUGUGUGUAACAUGGACCACCUUCUGGCCCGUCUGGCUAUAGACUCACAUCCAGUCUCCAAGCGUGUCGCCAAUCUGCUCUUCAAGUCCUUCUUCCCUGUCAAUGAGUCGGAGAAGGAGUGGUGCUGCCGGUGCAUCACUCUCAUCCAGAUGAACCCCAUGGCUGCCAGGAAGUUCUACCAGCACGCUCACAAACAUACAGCAGCCACUAACAUAUUGAAGUUUAUAUUGGCUAUUCGCCGCACUCUGAACCGCUGCAUCCAGCUGGACUGUGACGUGACUGAAAAUGAUGGCAACAAGGAAAACAGCUUGGGUGGUCCUGAUCUGUUGGGACAAGACAUGGCUACUGUGGCUAGUUUGCUGGAGAUCGUGGUCAUCCUGUGGGGAAGUGUCGAGAAGGCGCUAAAACAAAACGAAGAGGCGCACAAUUACACUGCUGCUAAGUUUGGAAAUGUCAUGGCAAAGUAUUUCCAGGCUUUUGAGCAUGAGCGAUGCACCGUUCCUCUUAUACAACUGGCCUCAUUUAUGCCAGCGGCUGCAGUUCCAACGUUUAGCUAUGGAAUCCUGUCCAGACUGAGGAGAAUGGACUCUGGAGCUGAUCCUGCGCAGUUCAGUCAGCUGCUGGACUGCAUCUGUAGCUGGGGUCAGGCUUCUGACGUUCUGGAUCUGAUCAUAGACUGGCUCACCGAGUCCCUUCCUAAACAAGGGGAGAAGGUAACAAAAAGCAGAAAAGUGCGCAUUCAAGAGACCAGAGAGGCCAAACCAGACCUGGCACUGGCCUACCUGGAGUACCUUUUCAACCACACUUCUACACGGGAGAAAGUUCUGGCUCUCGAUCAAGGACCUCUGAAGCAGCUGCAUGCAGUCCUAGGGAACUGGAAGUCAGUGCUGUACACUCACCUCACCUCGACCACAGAGGACCCUCAGCAUCCCAAAACAGAGACGGCACUGAAAGCCUUUACAUUCCACGGUCGCCUCGGUGCACAUCUGCAACACAACCUGACAGAAGGUCGAGACUACCUGCUCUCUCUUGAGCACGUGGCAGCGUGGGUUACAGACCGAGUGCUGCCCUUUUUUACUAAAACUUUAAGUGAUGGGGGAGACUCUGAGAAGUCUCAGCAGCUAGCCACGCACAUAACAGAGAGCUUCCUCACAGUCUGCCAAGACGUUUUGCUCAUAGGCUUGAGUGACGAGACGUUCAAGGGUCAAAUCCUCCACCUGUGCUCACUCAUCCUCCUCUCAGAGUCGGGCUACGUGUGCAUUUCUGCAGUGCUGUCAGUUUUGAAGGAGGUGGCAAACAGCUGUGUCCCCUGUGAUAAUAACCAAGAUGAGGAGAAUCAGGAGGAUGUGACACAUCCCAUCUUGGGCAUGGUGGCCAACAUGUUCCAAAAGAUGAUCGAGCUGUUAGCACACCGACUCAGGAAAGAACCAGAGGAAGGAAAACAGCUCUGCCAGUCAGUCGUUCCUGGUCUGACUGAUUUCCUCCAAGUGGCACAAACGUGGGACAGAACCCUUCUCAGCGGGGUCUUCUCUACUGUCUUUGCUGUCAUCAUUGUGGAAAAGAGGCAUUUGCUUCAGAAGAUGACUCAUCCUGAGGAGGUAAUUGUUCCACAGUCUGUGGAUGACAUGCCUCCUUUGUCCAGCAUGCUGCUGUCAGUCAUCCUCAAAUCACCCUCCAUCACCAGGCUGUUCUUGGACGAGGUUAGCUCAUCUCUGGACUCAGACGCCAUCAACAAUCUCGCUGAGCUGGCAGCCAUUCUGCACGUCUUGGCCGUCAUAAACCAUGCGGGACGGUCUAAAGCUGGCCUGAAGAGCGCAGCUGUGUCUGUGCAGCAGCACCUUCACAAGCAUGCCGUCUCAUCUGUAGACAGCAGAGACAUCCAGAGGGUUAUUUAUGAAUCUUCGGUGAUGACUUUGAAUGAGAUUCUACUUUUAUAA